AUGAACAAUAAUAUAGCAACAAUUGGAGGAAUCGAUAACAGUCAAAAUGGAGCAAAUAUUCAAAAUAUAGGAAAUGGAGCAGGUGGAUGGGAGAGUAGUUUAUCUGUUUUGGCCAAUGAACAGACUGGAAUUAUUCGACAAAGACAAGGUGUCACACUUCUUCGACCAGUUUUCAUGAAUGCUGUUGAAGUUGGAUAUUCAUAUGCGCAUUGUGAUCGAGAUAAGAAAUUGAAUGUUCGCGGUGUUACAAUUGCACUUUGGCAUUUUAUUUGUCGCGGACAUCAAGCCAUUGCUCUUCUUCCAUAUUGUUUCAAAAAUUAUGCGGAGAAAUCAAGCAGAUAUUCGGAACUUAUGAUGUUGUAUCGACUCAAUUUGAUUGAAUUUACUCCGGGUAAUUAGAAAUUCUGUUGAAAAUAAUGGGGCUAUUGUCAAAAUAAAAAUAGAUGGCAGAAAAUGUAUAAAAAAACGUGAAAAUUUUCAUUUUGACAAUAAGGAGAUCUGAUUUUUUGGUCAAAAAAAUCCACGUGUCAUAUUUUUUGAGUCGAAUUUUGUGGUCCAAAAUAUAUCCAAGUGGAUUUUUUUCCAGAAAAUUCUAAAAAAAAAUUUGUGCGAAAAAUCCACGUGGCCUCAUUUUUUUUUUGAAAAAUUCAAAAAUUUUAGUGCCAAAAAUCCACCUGGCAUAUUUUUUCAAACAAUUUUAAAAUUUUUGUGGCAAAAUCCACGUGGCACUUUUUUCCAGAAAAUUCUAAACAAAUGUGUGUCAAAAAUCCACGUGGCACAUUUUUCCAGAAAAUUAUUUUAAAAAAUUUGUGUCAAAAAUGGCAUUUUUUUUCCAGAAAAUUCUGAAAAAAUUUGGCCUCAAAAUCCACGAGGCAUAUUUUCUCAAGAUUUCUCAAAAUCUUCUUCCGUAUAUCUAAUGGGGUGAUUCAGAUUUUAAAAAAAUAAUAAAAAAAACAUUUUUGACAUAAAACUUCGAUUCAGAAAAUGUCAAAAAAUUAUAUUUUUUUCCUAUUUGCUGACAUUUUUUUCCACACAAAAAGGAAUCAUAAUUCGCAGCGAAAAUAUUGCAAUGUAAAAAUGUCAAAAAAUAGGAAAAAAAUAUAGUUUUUUGACAUUUGCUGAAUCGAAAUUUUUUGUCAAAAAAUGUUUUUUUUUAAACCUGAAUCACGCCAUAAAACUCCAUCUUCCAGGUUACGGUAGUGAAAAAUAUGCGGAGGUGAACCGAAUUAUGGUAAAUCGCGCAUUUGAAACUGGCGGUUGUAUUGUGGCAAGAUCACAAAUGCAAGGAAUCACGGACAAUAAAACGAAUUUGAUAAAUGUUGUCGAACAAAGAUUAUUGAUGCCAACAUUCAAUGGAGAUGAUAUCAUGUUUCCAAUUGAUGGACCAUUGGGAAGAAAUGGACCAACAUUGAAACAAACAUUGGAAUGUGAACAAACAAAUUCAGAUUGGAGAUCUUGUUCAGAACAUCAAUUGUUAUAUUCGGAUCAAAAACAUUGGUUGGAAAAAUUGGCAAUGUUGGUGUCUGAAAAGACAAAUUGGAUAAGAAUGAGUCAAAUGUUGCAAUCAACAACUGAUAUUCAACCAAAUAUUGAUGAUUCUCCAAAUCCAUUUGAAACCUCUAAUACUAAUACUCGUUCUGAACCCGUUGUUUCAACUUUAUUUCAACAACAUCCAGUUCCACUUAUGCAGCAAACAAUCACAAUUCCACCAUCGAUUCAACAAACAACACAUCAAAUCAAAACAUCUCAUCCGAUUCCGAUUCGACUUGCUCUCAGAAAUCCUGGGCCGAGAAGAAGAUCAUCGAAGCAUACGAAUUCGACUGAUUCGAAUAAUUCGAUUAGAUCUGCUUUUGAGAUGGUAAGUCGGAGAUGGGGACUAGAAAUUCGCAAUUUGGGAAGUUAGGCCAUGAAAAAUCGAUAAUUUCGAGCCUAGAAACCUGAAAAUUCAAAUUUCCUUCCAAAAUUGACACUGAUUGGACAAGUGCGCUCUAUUGAGAAUUUGGCAGGUUUCUGAGGAUUUUCGACAUUUUCGGAGGUUUUUUGGACUUAAAAUGAGUAAUUUUCAAUGAAAAAUUGAGCUGUGGGCUAGAAACUUGCGUUUUGAGAAGUCAGACCAUGAAAAAUCGAUAAUUUCGAGCCUAGAAACCUGGAAAUUCAAAUUUUCUGCCAAAAUUUACCCUGAUUGGGCAAAUGCGCUCUAUUGAGAGUUGGGCAGGUUUCUGAGAAUUCUUGAAUUCUCAAUAGAGUGAAUCGGGCUCAAUAGAUCAAAACUCCAGACAAAAAUUAGUAAAUUUAAAAAAUGUGCUCAAUUUUCAGAAUCACAGUCCAACAAGCAAUGAUGAUUCGGAAGCAACACCAGAACAAUAUUCGGAUGAAUUAUUAGAACUUCUUCGACAAGAAGAAGAAAUUCGAAGAAAAGCGAAUGAGCAACGCAAAAAUGAUGAAAUACUUGCAAAAUUAUCGCAAAUCUUUGGAUAUUCGAAAUCGUCUCGUGUUAUGAGAAAAUAUGAGAAUAUUCGAAGUUUUUGUCAAUUGGUUGAGAAAUGUAUUCAAGAGAAUGAGGAAGAAGGAGAUGAUCAAGACUUUCAAAUUCCACCGUCUGAUGAUUUGAUUGAUUUUUCGUCGGAUGUUCCUUCGAUUAUGGGUCAAACGAAUUUGGAUCCAGCAAAUACUAGUUCAAAUUUACCACUCGAUUUAUUACUUUGA